UGUUACCAGGCGCAGCAGCAUCUCCGCCUGCACAGCGAGGCAGAGAAGAAGCAUUUAUGGUCGAUCAGUGGUUUUCCUUUUUUUCCCGUCCUCUCCAGCGCAUUUGGAGAGUGUGCUGAAUAGAUGCUAGUUUGCGUUUCCUCAUGGAUGAAACAUCAAAGAUACACUGACGUUACCCGGCAAGCCUGCGUUUCGACCCAUGGGUGUGAGAUGACAUUGAGGACACUUUAGUGGGAUGUGGAGCUCGGACAUCGCGCGCAGGAAAAUGCAUCUUUGGAUCGCCUGCAUUUUGCUGAGCGUCACCUCUGUACCUACAGCGGGGAUGUCUGAUGAAGGGAUAUGUGAACGGCUGUGUGCGUGCGAGGAGAGAGAGGGGAUUCUCACCGCGAGCUGUGAAAACAGGGGAAUUGGGAGCAUCUCGGAAAUCAACCCGCUAAACUUCCCACAAUAUCAUCUGCUGCUCACUGGGAAUUUUUUGAGAAAGCUCCCCGCCAACGACUUUGUUGAAUAUCGAGGGCUCACCAUAUUACAUCUGGGAAAUAAUGAGAUAUCUGAGGUGGAAGCCGGAGCUUUUAAUGGACUUCGGGGAUUAAAACGACUACAUCUUAACAAUAACAAAAUUGACGCCUUGAGGGAGGAGCUCUUCUGGGGCCUUGAGAGUCUAGAGUAUCUGCAGCUUGAUUAUAAUUAUAUCACACAAGUGGCCCCCAAUGCCCUCGGCAAACUUCGACACCUAGAGGUGUUGAUUCUGAAUGACAACUUGAUAUCCACUCUGCCCGUGAAUAUCUUCCAGCACGUCCCGCUGACUCAUCUGGACUUGAGGGGGAAUCAGCUGAAAGUGCUUCCAUAUUCGGGACUGCUGGAGUACAUGAACAGCGUGGUGGAGCUGCAGCUGGAGGAAAACCCGUGGAACUGCUCGUGUGACCUGAUUGCCCUCAAAACUUGGCUAGAGAGCAUUUCGUACACAGCCCUGGUGGGCGACGUGGUUUGCGAGUUCCCCUUUCGCCUCCACGGGAGGGAUCUGGACGAAGUCUCCAAGCAAGAGUUGUGUCCCAGAAGAGCCAUCGCUGAAUACGAGAUGCCGCCACAACCACAUUUGAGCUUAGACGGCAACUACAAGAGUACGCCGGCCCUCGCUACGGCCUCAUUAACCUCAUCAGGCAUUGCACGGUCUUCCUCAAGGCCUACAAAGGGACCCCGACAGUCAGGUAAAUUGAAAUCAAGACCGACUGCUCGACUAGCAGCGAACAAACCUCAGAGUUAUGGCCAGAUUAUUUCAUAUCAAACAAAGUCUCCUGUGCCUUUGGACUGUCCGUCCGCCUGCACUUGCAACCUUCAGAUUUCAGACCUAGGCCUUAACGUCAACUGCCAGGAACGAAAAAUCGAGCACAUUUCCGAUUUAGAUCCCAAACCGUAUAACCCCAAAAAGAUGUAUCUCACCGGGAAUUAUAUCCCAGUGGUGCGGCGAACAGACUUCAUUGAGGCAACCGGAUUAGAUUUGCUCCAUUUAGGCAACAAUCGAAUAGCUCAAAUAUAUGACAGAGCUUUUGGUGAUUUAACUCAUCUCAGAAGACUUUACCUUAAUGGCAAUUUGAUUGACCAUCUUACGGCAGAUAUAUUCUAUGGACUAGAGAGUCUGCAGUUCCUAUAUUUAGAAUACAACGUAAUCAAGGAAGUGGCUGCUGACACAUUUCAGCAUGUCCCUAAACUUCAGCUCCUGUUUUUAAACAACAACCUCUUGAAAACGUUACCUCCGGGAGCAUUCCGCGGCCUCACGUUGGCCCGCCUCAAUCUUCGCAGCAACCACCUGCGAUAUCUUCCGGUCGGCGGCGUGCUUGAUCGGCUCACGGCACUGGUGCAGGUGGAUUUGUACGAAAACCCUUGGGAUUGCUCGUGCAGUAUUCUUGACUUAAAGAUGUGGCUGGAGCAGCUCAGCACUGGCACGGUUGUCAACAAUGUCAUCUGCGGUUCGCCCAAGAGGCUCGCCGGGGAAGACAUGCGAUAUAUCAAGACGGUUAAUUUCUGCCCUAAUAACUCGACCGUAGUGGGAUCCGUGAUACCCCCCUCGGAAGAAUCUUUCCCCGGAAGCACCAUCACCAUAGAAACAUCAUUAGACUCCGAUACACAGUAUGGUGCCAUCCCUUUAUCAGUGAUGAUUCUUGCCCUCCUGUUCAUCUUCAUUAUGUCCGUGUUUGUGGCAGCAGGACUGUUUGUAACAAUGAGAAAGAGGCACCUAAAGAGUCAAAACGAGCAGAAUAACUCCAUGAAUGCUUGCAUUAGCUCACUCAACAUGGAGUACGGACUGUACAAAAAGGGAUCCGUCCCAAAGGUCAGAACAUCAGCUGGACACGUGUAUGAAUAUAUUCCACCUCCUUCGGACCAAACGUGCAGAACGACAGGUCACACUUCUGCUGACGGUAAAUCCGCUGAGGGAUUUCGGGACUUCGACGAGUUAAGUGGCGCCUUCCCGACUAAUUCGGAUGAAGAAGCGACGAGCAAUGUAAUAGGCUCGGAAUACAGCACCACAGCUUCGGAGACUCUCAAUAAGCCAUCUGGCAUGAAACAAGAUGAUCCUUCAUACUAUAGAGAAGUCCCUGAUCCAGAGCAGAAGCCCCACUACAGCAAUACGCUACCUUGCAGGCAUGCUGCACGUCCGACCAGUCAGUACACAUCGGAUUUUGACGUGAGACCGCAGCACAUUCAUCCUGACAGAGUGCAACAGACAAUAUUGUACUGCACAACACCAAGUACUGUUUAUGUGGAGCCCAACAGGAGCGAAUAUUGGGAACUAAAAGCAAAGCUUCACAUUGAUCCAGAUUAUCUUGAGGUUCUUGAAAAAAGAACAACAUUUACACAGUUUUAAAAUACUUGGCUGACAAACACAUUGAAUUGGACAAAACAAAGAGAUAUUUCUAGAUGACAUCUUCGUAGGUACGAUGGAUUGUAAGCUGCAGCAUGCAUUUGUGUGAUGCUCAAGAUUUGCAUCAUUGAGUAAUGACUUUUGUUCUCAUCUGACAUGAACUGCAUGUCAGCUAAUCCUAUCACAAGUACAUCUACUUAUAUUGAAAAUGCUAUGACAUCGGAACGAUGCCUUUAGGACAUAUGGGGGUCGAGGACUAGAAUUGACUCAGUUUGUACUGGAGAACCGCAUAACCACAAAGAAACACAUAUUUCUGUAUUUUUUGUUUACAUUGAUCCAAUCAAUAAUUUAGCAAGGUCUAAUAGUACAAGUAGUUACUAGGAAGACAAAUUUGGGCAGGAUUAUAAAAAAAAACUAAAAAAUAAAAAAGGAGUUUAUGUCAAUUAAUUUGGUUAAUAUGCCCUAACACUCUAGCCUAAGGCUUUUCAAAGUGUGAGCGUCUCCCUCAGUGAACAUAAAAUAGCUGGCGCCUCCCUUUCUUUCAUCACAGUGGAUCUCACACCAAAAUGAUUCAUGACUAUGCACCGUGCAUAAUGCUGUUUUUAUUAGUCUCAACAUGGCAAGAUAGCCCUUUUAAUAACUACUUUCUAGAACAAAUUGAUUUUUAGGGACUGCAGAGUUUUGUGCUCUCUAAUGAUUGAAAUCAAUCCAUCUAUUUAAACUUUUUCACAAACUGCUAUUGCAUUUCUCCUCACGUCACCUUAGCUCACCCCAACUAGUCAGUGUUGUAGACAGCACAACAGUUUUGGUCAAUAUAUAUUUUGAAGGUCUUGGUUUGGUCUCAGACUCAAUUCACAAAAGAAUCAACUCUUGGUCUAAGUCUCAGGCUUGACUCCCAAAGGAUUUUUAGCUAAAUGUUGGUAGCAUCUUGGUCUUGAGCACAACAAAAGUGUUAAAUAAUCAAUGCAUUAUUGCUGAUUUUACUUGAAGCGAAAUAAAUAAUACUUAACGCAAACUAUGACAAAAUUAAUGUUGAAAACGUUACAAAUGUACAAUUUGCCAUACAUUUCCAGUUCAGUAUAUCCGCCAUUUUCAUCAUUAGUGAUUUGUGGCCAUUUUUAGUCAAGUCGAAUGUACAUAUGUUUUUGAAAAAUCUUAACAUAAAUUAUGUAUUCUGGGUAACCACAUAAUGAAACCCAGAAUAUACUGUAUGCAAGUAAAAAUGUUUGAAAAAUAGUUGGUUUUACUCAUCUGGUUAAAAUGGAAAAACCCUUACAAAACUAGUUCUAUUUUUGGAACAAACAAGGCAGUCGCGGUGCUAACCCUGCUAAGCCCCACCCACCUCCAAUAUGUAAUGCCACUCACUCCCUUGCAUGCUAUUUUUUCCCCUGUGAAUCAACGUUAAUAAUAUCAUUUUUAGUUAAAAAUAGAAUAAAGGAGAUUAUUUGUGCUGCUAUGUUAUUUCCAAAACAGCUAUUCUUUUGGAUUAAGUUUUGCUCUCUUCUUUUCAUGGUGGCCCAAAAUUGUUGACACUGAUAUGAUGUGGAAAACUAAAGUGUCACAAGGAUUUUUCUUUAAAUUUCCAUCACAUUUUGCUCCUUGCUGACUCCUGCUAGAAUCUGCAAACACAUUUCUUACUCGUUUGCAUAUCAAGCGGGAAAGCGAGAUCACUUGAGGGCUAAAUGCUAAGAAUCCACUUUUGACGGGAUGACCCGAGACGCAUGUUAAUGCUGUCUGAGCCAUGCUUCGAGUCAGCGCAAGUCCCACUGUAUGUACGUAAUGUUUAACAGUGCAAAUUAAAUGUGUAAAUAUGAACAAUCAAGCAGAAAGCCAGGCCCCUAAUGACUCAUCUUUUUAUGAGACGCCCCGGAGCUAUUUCAUUUGCAAUAACGUGUGUUUUUUACCCUCAAAUCGGUUGCAUUUCAUUAGUGCUAAUCACCCAUGAAGGUUAUACAUUCUCUUCCAGAAAUAAACCAGGUUGUUGCCACUGAUAUUUACCACCAACUCUUUCAUCUGAAAUAGUAAUUAAUUUGCUAAGGGUCCUCUUCAUUUUGAUGUGCGAGGGUGUUAAGUGAGGUCCAGUGGAUGAGUCGUUUUGGUUAAAUCAGACAAAUUUUGCAAGGUGAAGAACAUACAAAACCAGAGAAAUAUCAUCUUAUGGGCUCUCUAGUUUACACAUUGAGACCACAGAGAGAAUCCCAAAAUUAAAUUGAGCCGACCACUUGCUUAUAGGAUAAUCUCUCUGAAUCAGUGGUGUUCCCUCCAAGCGUCCUACAGGAGAUUAUGGACAACCGCUACACUUGUUUUGAAUCGUUUCAUGUUGUAGCUCCACUCUGAAAUGUUGGAAAGGAUUAUAAUCACAGUUGUAUUUACAUUCUGUGGGAUCAUUGCUAUUAUUAUAUAUGAAUCAUGUGUGUAACAAUCACGUCCCGAAAAAUGUAUGCUUCGUAAAGUUGCAAUACAACAUAAGUCUGACUUUACUCCAGAAAAUGAAACAUUUGAGGUUUCACUCAUGGCAAAGUUGUAUUUUUAUAACAGACAAAUAUGGAUGUUGGUGCAUUCUACUUUACCCUUUUGAAACUGCACUGGUGACUUGUGUAAGUCAAUGAUGAUGUCACUUCCUGGAUUGUCUUGUAUAUUUAUUUGUGUUUUACAGUUUAGCCAUACUGACAGCCAAAAGAGUAACAAUUAACAUUUUAGCCAAACUGCCAACCAUUGUAUCAUUUGCAUUGAGCAUGAGGGCCACAAUUGCAAUGCUAAUGAUAAUUGUAUGCUUUGUUUUAAGAAAAUAAAAUAUCCUUUUGCCUCCCCACCCAUCCCAAAAAUUAUAUAUAUAAACGUACAAGUAUUUAUGAUGAACUAUUACACCUACAGCACCUUAAUGUUGAAGCAUUUCAUCAUAAUGUUCAUGUUAUUCCCAUAUCCCAUUCUUUCAGAACUUUUUUCUCAAAUUGAACGUUUCCGUAAUAUUAUCAUCACUGUAACCUCCUAACACUAUAACUUUAUCUACACAAUAUUUUAAUUGUUUUUAUAUUAUUGGUUAAAUAAUUUUUUUCCUCAAACAUUAUCAUCCUGUUCUGGAAAGGACUUGAUGCAGCAAAACACUUUUCUUUCUUAACAUUAAAAAUGACUUUAGUCAAAACCUUCAAACUGCUUUUUCAUCACAUUUGGAUUGGAUUCAAUUAAUAUUAUGACUAUUGUUGAAUUAAUUUUCUUUUUUUCUAUUACAUGUGAAUGGCCCUUAUGCUCUUAUCUUAUACAGUGUGAAUAGCUAUUCCGAGACUCUUUGUGCAACAUUGUUGAUAUAUCUUAUAAAACAAGUAUUUGUAAUAGUUACAGGCACAGAGAAUUUCACAUGUGACAAAGUAUCAUUUUGACAAAAUUACAAAUAAGCACAAUAAAUGCUAAUGCAAUUUCUAGACACAAAUACAGUAGAGUAUGUUUAAUAUGCAUUGAGUGCUACAUGAGCAAAUUAUGCAAAAGUAAUUUCAAAGUAAUGUCUGGGUCAAUACUGUGUAAGUGAGUAAAGUCCCGCUCCAUGAGGCAUUAAUGCACAUAGAAAAUGCACAUGAUUUGAAGAAAUAUGCACUGAACCUGUCACCUUAACUCAGCUCCAAUGGUUGGACUUUCUGCUUGUUAGGCACGUUGUUGGAUACGCUAUUGGUUAACUUUUAACGUGUUCGCAGUUAUUUGUGUGUUUACCACCACUUGACUGAUCAAGCAAGGCAGAAAAUAUUCUUGAAAAGUAUUUUUGAAAUGUCUGUCCAAGGCACCUCACAAUUUCUGUGAUGAUAAUUUAGGGAUUAUUACUCAAAAAGGAACUCUCUGAGGAAACAAGAUACCUCUUGUAUAUAUUUAAUAAAUGCAUAUAUAACAGUCUAAAUUGUAUGUUUUGCAUUUUUUGUAUAGAAUUAUUGACUACAAUAUAUUUUACUUUGUAAUUUAAGACUGGGGGGCUAAAAAGAUGUUUCAACGAGUAUGUGUAAAUACAGAAAAUAUUACAAUGUAACAUUAGGGCCACAGUGAAUUGGAAAACAUCAUUUACAGAAAAAUGUUGAAAUCAAACAAAAAUUUGAAAAAUAAAAACUACCCUAAGUUAUUGCAAUUUUAUUAUUCUGAAAUUAUAUUUUAAAUGUUGUAUGAGAUAUUGUCACGAGAAGGAAGUAAUUCUUAUGAGAACAAAGUCCAAAAUUUAACAAUGUCAAAAUUCUUCAAAUUAUGAACGCUUUGCAGAUCAUUACUUGGCAUAUACUAAUGUGACUCAUACGGGGAAAAGUUGUAAUCCUUUGACAAAUUUGAAACUGCCUCACUAAAUUAUUAGUAUUAUACAUGUAUUUUCCUGAAAUUAUAUUUUUUCAUAUAUACUUGAUUACACAUGAGAGUCUGGGUGGUAACUAUAAUUGGUUCUUCAAAGCAAGAAUAAAUAUCAGUGAAGGAAUUGAAUGUUGAUAAUUCAGUUUGGUUAAGUUCACAUCAAACACUGGCAAAAACUAUAAUGAGUGUGAGCUAUGUUAGCUUGGACUGUAUGUUAUUAAAAAAUACCCCCCAACUUUUUUUAAAUGCCCAGAGAAAACACCCAGGGGAAAAAAUUUGCAAAAAAAAUAAAAAUAAAAAACCCGCCAGAGCCGCACUAAAGCUAAACUUGAUGUCAAGUACAAGCCGCAAAAUAUUUUUCUGCAGCCAAGCUUGGCUCCCAGGCCACAUGUUUGAGACACUGCUUUAUAUAUAUUUCACUCUUGUAAUAUUGUUAUGGGAAUAAAAAGCUAUAUUCACAUUAUUUUAAAACUUAAUUCUCAUAUCAGGAUUGUUUUUUCAGUCUUCAGUGUGGCCCUGAUGCGCUAUUCUAAUAUGUAAAUAUCUGGUUACAAAAGAAUAAAUGUAUCUUAUUAAUUAAUUGUCCAAUUCAUUUGGACUCCCAGUGAAGAUCAUACUUCAGUCCCAUUGAUGGCGAUAGACGUUCAUUCCAUUUUGAUGGAAUGAAUUUAUUUAGGUCAUUUUGUUGGGUUGACAAAAGGAAUUCAUCUACAGUAGAUGUGCUGCUAGUUAAUGAAUAAAAAUACAUGCAUUAACUUCA